CAAACCUAACGCAAACGUAAUUGCAACGUUCUACUCCAAAACCCUUACUCUCUCAUUCCUCAGUAAGACGCACGUUAUAAAGAAGUUCUUUCUCUUCUUCUUGUUCUUGAUAUCGUUCUUCUUCUUGGAUUUGCAAUCUGUGGUUAGCGUGCGUGAGUUUGGGAGAGAGAUCGGAAUUAGGUGAAGUGGAAUCGGAGAGUGUUUCAAUGGCGGAAGGAUUCGCGAUCGAACUGUACUUGGAUCCGGCGUUGGAGAAUCAGGUGCUGAAGGCGUGGAACAUUCUCGCGCGCCGACAAAUCACCACUCACCUCAUCGAGAUGGAGUCGCGCCCUCACAUAACGCUCUUCUCCGCCCCCUUUCUAGAACCUUCCAAGCUCGAAUCGCUUCUCAGAACCUUCGCAUCCAAGCACGAUCCUCUCUUUCUCUCCUUCUCCUCCGUCGGCACCUUCCCCAACCACGCCGACAACCUCCUCUUCCUGGCGCCCACGCCCUCCCUCUCCCUCCUCCAAUUCCAGUCCCACCUCUGCGACGCCAUCAGAAAAGAAGGUAUUGAGAUCUCCGACGACUUCGCCUUCAAUUCCUGGAUACCUUACUGCUCGGUUGCACACCAUGUCCCCAAAAACAGAAUGCCCGAGGCUUUCUCUCUUUUGCGGGAACUCAAACUGCCGGUUUCCGGUUACGCUACGGAAAUCGCACUCGUGCAGUUCUCUCCGGUUCGUGAACUCUUCUCCUUUGUGCUCAGCAACAAUGUAGAUUCCUGAACUCUUUUCUUUAACACUAGUUUGUAGUUUCUGGGUGAAACAAGUUUCUCCAUUAUACUAGAAUAACCUGAUGCUUUACUUUGUGUGU